AUGUCUUUAACCGAAUUGGUUAAUACUUAUAAUACAAGAGACUCUCGACAUUAAUCAAAAAAGCCAAUACUGAAAUCUUCUUAAUAGAAAUUAUAUUAAACACUUCCAAGAUUGGACUGGGCUGGAAAUGAAAUAAUUAAAGGAGGAUCACACAAAAUUGCUUUUAUUAGUUAAUAGAAUACAUCUAGAACAUUCUUAGACCUUCUCUCAUAGGAAUUAUCUAAUUAGAGUGACGAAGUUGAUGAAGAUUAUAAUGAAAUGUUAAACUGUUAAACUGUGAAGAAUGUAAGUAAACCACAACCAGAACUAAGUCAAUAGUCUAAUUGUUGUUUUAUUUAUUGA